CGCCUCACUCCAUCUCCGGCUCCAUGGCUGCAGGAUGGAGCCUCCUGCCCGGCAGCAGCGGAGCGGCUCCGGCCAGCAACUGUGGCAACUUCCACCUGCCCAGAUGCUGUGAGGGCUCCUAGCGUCUCUGGAGACGUUGAAGGUCCUCUGAAGCUCAGCCAUGUCUCUCACCCCGGGCAGGAAGUCGUCCUCAGGUCAGCGCAGGCGCUCAGUGGGGACUGCAGGAGUGAACGGCAGGUACUCCCUCAGCGAGACGCCGAGCACACACACUCACCCGGCGAAGCUCAGGCUGGAGGUCAGCCCCGCAGCCCGGACUCACCCCAGCACACCCAGGCGUCAGGUGAAACUCACCUGCAGUGACAACCAUGGCAUCAGACCACCCCCCCCGGAGCAGUACCUCACCCCCCUGCAGCAGAAGGAGGUCUGCAUCAGACACCUGAGGGCCCGACUGAGGGACAACGUGGAGAGGCUGCAGCACAGGGACAGUGAGAUCUCGGGGCUCCGGGCCCAGCUGCUCCGGAUGCAGGAGGACUGGAUCCAGGAGGAGGUCCAGAGGCUGGAGGCUCAGCUGGAGCUGCAGGAGGCCCGGAGGGAGAUCCGGCUCCUGCAGGACGAGGUGAGGGCCAGCCCCCAGGAGCCCCCCCACCAACACCAGCUGCACCCGGGGGCCCGACCGGUUGGGCGACCCGGGGGGCGCUCUCGCUCCUGCGGCUGCUCCCCCGCUGGGACCCUGAGCCGCGGGGCCACCCUGCAGCCCGAGGGCCACCGGGGGCCCCGACAGACCCACCUGCUGCUGGAGGCCGCGUUGCUGUCGGAGCCCAGGGGCCACAGCACACAGGGGCCCCCCACUUCCUCCCCCUACAAGAGGCUGUGCAGCGGGGGGGCGGUGCUGCCCGUCUCACACUCCUGCAGCUGCAUCGCACACACACCUCACACACACCUGUACCUGCACCUGCCACAGGAGGAGGCCCCGGGGCCCGCCUCCGACCCCCUGCCGAUGCCCCCUCCUCCGGAGAGGAAGGUGGAGGUCCGCUCUCAGGGCUGCAGCCCCACCAUCAGCUGGCUGUGGGAGGAGGCCCCACCACCCUCAGAGACACAUAUUGAGUCCCCUUUACCCGGCGGGGCCCCCCCUCACAAUGCGGACCCGCCUGAUAAACAGGAGGAGGCCCCAGGGCCCGCUGCCUCCGACCCCAUCCCGACCCCCCCACCUCUGGAGAGGAAGGUGGAGGUCCGCUCUCAGGGCUGCAGUCCCACCAUCAGCUGGCUGUGUGACGAGGCCCCCCCCCUCUCAGAGACACAUCCCUCACCUUUACCCGGCGGGGCCCCCCCUCACAUCGCGGAGCCGCCUGAUAAACAGAAGGAGGUGAAGGGGCCUCUCACCUGUCAGCCCCCCCCCACGGCCCCCCUCCCUGAGAGACAGGACGCCGUGGAGGUGGAGAUAGAGGGGGAGGAGGAAGGUGUGGCCCCCCCGCAGUGCCACUGGAGCCGAUACUUCCUGGUGGACCUGCUGGCCCUGGCGAUGCCGGUGGUCCCCACGGUGGCCUGGAUGUGGGGGCCCCGGGGGGUCCUGCCCGGGUAUCACAUCGGCUCCCUGCUGAGGGGCUGCUGCGCCGUGGCCCUGACCUCGCUGAGGAGGCGGGGGGCAGGCAGGGGAGGCAGACCCCCCAACACGAACGGGACGACGCAGAUAUGA